GUCUUACAAUUUGUCUUUUUCUGCGUUAAAAUAGUGAAAUUAACUUACCAACGAUAUAGAGUAACGAUGCUUUGGUUUUUAUGCUGCCACUGUCUUCGUAUGAAAUUGGCAUUUGGAAUUAAGUCUUAAUGCAUUUUCUAUACAGGAGACUAUUGAUAAGUUUGGACAAUGUGGUUGAUCGGUGCAGGAAACCAAACACUGAUUACUUCUUGGAUUCUGCGUCAGUAAUAUACAUUCCACAAUAAUGAGCUUCUCAGAGUUGCACUGCUUUCGAAGUGUGUAUCAGUGCUUGUGUUUGCUUUCAUCCAUAUCAAACAUCGUUUCUUCUAUGUUGAACUACAGCGCUGAAUCACCUCCGCCGUACAUCUCAGUUUCUAACGUACCCUACACAGUACCACAGAGUCCCAAUACUUCGGUGACGUCAGACAUUGACGUAGUGGCGGAAUUUUUGAAAAUAGUUGCGAAAUAUGAGCAAAAUAAAGAAACAUGUAAAGCAGGGACGCAAUUUAAUUUGGGGAAAGGGGUGAUCAAACAGUACGGAAAGAACCGCUUCAAGCAGCAAGCGUUAGUAGCCGUCAAUAGGGCAAACUUUCUGACAAGAAUCUGGCAGGAAGCGGAACCACAAGUUCUAAACUCGGAAUACCUCUUUUAUACUCAAGUUCGCAAUAUUGUGGAGGGCGACGAUGAGAUUUUUGCAGCUGGGAAUUGUUAUGACUGGAUGGAGUUUAAAGACUAUUAUUUAUUUUGUCCUUAUGCUUACCGACAAGAGGAUGGUAGAAUAAAUGUGAAAGAUUUAUCCGUGGAAUAUGACUACUUAGGAAAUACAUCCGAGUUCUUUUACUCUGCCAGAUUAAACGCUGGAAAACUACAGAAUUUCAAUUUUACAAAUGGUACAGCACAGCCAAGAUAUAAUCAAAGUCAACACGGGGAGGUGAUUGACGACAGCUCCAUUACCGUGACAUAUGAGGAUGGACACUGGAGCAAACCAUACUUUGAUUGCGGAGGCGGAGAUAUCUGGAUGAUGACGUAUACCGUGCCUUUCUUUGGAUACAAGAAUGGAACUUUCAAAUUCAAGGGAACGAGUGGAAUAGACAUCGAUCUGGACAAGGUAGACAUUGACCAAUGUCCUCAGUCAGAUGAUGCCACGGAGCCCAAUGUAUUUGCAGGUUCCGCAAGGUGCAAACCAGAGACAACCAAGUGUGAGCCGUUACGUGGUUUAGGAUUCAAAAGAGGAUCGUAUAAAUGCGUCUGUAAAGAUGGGUUUUAUUUUCCGGUCUUGGAUCAACUGGACAAAUACUUCAAUGGAUCAGAAAUUGAGAAUGAAUACGAAAAGAAAAUGAAGGGAGUUGAGAACAAAUACGAUGACCUGUUUGCUUACCAGUGCUUCAUGUGCGAACCUGGAUGUAUAACCUGUGACGAUCAUAGUCCAUGCGUGCUGACCCUUAAUUGGGUUAUGCGCAGCAUCCUGUUGGCUAUUUCUAUUCUCAUUCUCUGUGGCACCCCAUUACUUGUUUGGUUCACGGUCCAGUACAGAGAUGUCAAGGUUUUAAAAGCUGCAAGUCCAGUCUUGAUGCGCAUUAUUCUUCUUGGUGCAUUCUUCCUAUAUUGUCCGUUAAUUGUAGGAUACUUCGAGGCAAGUGUCGUCACGUGCAUCCUUCGAUUCUGGUUUCGAGAAAUAGGAUUCUCGAUCUCCUACGGAGCACUAUUAUUAAAAACAUGGAGAAUAUCAGUUGUGUUCAGAGUACGAUCUGCCCAAAGAGUGAAAAUUUCCGAUGGUGACCUGAUCAAAAGACUGCUGUUAAUCACUGUCGUGUGUGCUGCAUAUUUAACUGCCAGAACCAUUGCAGGAACGCCGAGGGUAGUAGAAGGAAAGCAUGUUAAUGGCUUGAAAACAUAUCAAUGCUCCUCUGAUUGGUGGGACCAUUCCGCUGCCAUCGCGGAGUUACUUUUUCUUUUAUGGGGUGUUCGAUUGUGCAUCGUAGUAAGGAAGGCUCCAUCGGAGUUCAACGAGAGCAGAUUUAUCAGCUGGGCUAUAUACAACGAGACCCUCCUCUCGUUAUUCCUCAAUGUUUCAAUGAUUUUUCUUCAAGAUCCUUUCCCUGCCAACCCUGAUUUGAUGUAUUUAGUCAUCUUCAUCCAUACACAAUUAACGACGACCGUCACUCUCGCGUUUUUGUUCGGAAGCAAGAUGUAUCUAGUGUAUAAAUAUAGAGGAAAGGGUGAAAGUAAUGGAACUCACAAUACCAUGCUGAAUAAAGGUUCCAAACCCACAUUUAACGCCAAGCAGUCUGUUAAUAUGGGCAGUGGCCAUUCCAACAAUGCCGGAUGCUACAACUACACCGACAGACAAGAGGACACCGAGUGUGACAGCCUGUUGGAGAAAGACAUCCAAGAGGAAUUUAGACGUCUGUACACCCAGUUAGAAACACUAAAACAGCGAAAUAUGAAGAUUGGAAACCGUCACUUACAACACAAACUUUCUGCCAUGACGGAAGCAGCCCAGAAGGAUUCUCCGAAACAAUCUCCUUCCUCCUCCCCUCUGCUGAAUGGCAAAAGAGUCAUCAUCAAUCUGGACUUGUUUAAAGAAUCAUCUCCAUUAUGACGAAAUCAAUCUACGAAUGGAUACAUUAUGUAUUUCUGUUUUUCUUCAUGUAAUUCCAUUUCUUUUUCCAGGAAUUUCAUUAGCUGCUCGUUUCAAUGAUUUGUUUGAAAUAUGUUUUUCGAUUGCCUUACAUCAUAAAUAUCUUCUUCCGUCAUAAGAACGCAAUAUAUGUUAAUUUCUUAAUACACCGGAAUUAGCUUCGUUAUACAUGAAUAAUUAAUGAGUUAUGAUGGUGUUUAUGUAUCAGUUGUGUCAAAGUCGAACAUCAUAUCUUAUAUUCAUUAUUUAAAAUCGUCGACUUUUUGAGAGAGUAAAAAUUCAAUAUUGCACAUUUCAUAUGAGAAUUUGUCAGUAUUCAAGCAUGGUUUUAUUCGUAGUAUUCAAUGUGUUGUAAUUCAUUGAACUGUUAUUAUACAUACAUUGUUUCUUGCCAAUUAAAUAUUACUGACUUGCCAUAAUGACCAAAGUAUCGUAUGUCAUGAUCAAAUGUUACAUGAAAGGUGGAAAGAUGUUUGUGUUUAUGAAAGUUUCUCACUGAAGACUGUGUGAAUGGGAUUUUAUUAAAAACAGAAUUUGAACAUGUCGUGGUGAUUUCUUCUCCACUUAGUUAUGAAUAUUGAGAGCACCUUGUGUGUGUGUGUGUAUUUUGAUGUCAAAUUUUAAUUUAUGUUUACAAAUCAAAACGGAAGUAGCAAUAAAGUUGAAUUAAAGCCGAAUGAUACAUGCAACAAAAUAUUUUCAAAGUCUACUCUUUUAAAACGGGGAGACACUAGUGUUCUUCAUUUCCUUAAAUGUUUGACAAAGUACGUCUGAUUCAUGGAGCAAAGUCAUGUCAUGAAACUCGUUAAUGACAUUUUUGCCAAAUUCGCAGCCUCGAAUACAAAUAUGCUUCUGACAAUUUAAAACAUCCAAUCACAGCAGUAAUUAUAAACGCAAGUGUACAGGGACGCAAUUAUUCUUUAGAGAGCUGAAGUGACACUCAUUGUGUUGGUAAAGUUUUUAUAGAUAACCACCCUUAGUCGCCAUAAACUAAUGAUACACAUCUUGUUCCUGUGCUGUUAGAAGUCCGAUGUAUAUCCCUGUUUAGCAAUAUACAGAAGAGAAAAAAAACAUCAGUUGCUUCAUUUAUUAACAUGUAAAUUCAACAUCACCUUCAGCGCAUUAACACAUAUGUAAAAAAAAAAAUUAAAAAAAAACAACCCCAAAACGUACAUGUACUUUAAAAACACGCAUUAGUUCGUACAAUUUGCACAGCAAAACACAUUAAUAGUACUAAAUAUUGGGUGUGUAUGAAUUAAAGGUGUCUGCCACAUCUGACUUUUUAAAAACAAAAUCUCGUGAGGAUAUUGUUUCCGCUUACUUUCCAGUAUCACACACACAGAUUUAAGUCUUUAUAACUAUGUUUCAAUCAAAUAUACUUGCAAAGAAAAUAAACUCCCAAUUACAUAACCUUACAAGUUUUAAAACCUACAUUCAGCCAUAUCAACCCUUUAGCUACAGAAUAUCUACAUUUCCAAAGUUUUUACCUUCGACAUCUUUACAAAUUGAAAUGGUAAACAAUGUGCGUAUGAAUCUUGAUAAAUAUAGUAUCACUAUUUUAACGGCUGGGAAUAUUCCGACAGGACGUAAAGUAAGAUGUAAAUAUAAAACAUGAAUUUCAUUUUUGAAAUACAUGAGGGAUUUAACAGCAACAUACUUUCCAUGAAGUGCAAAUAUGCUAGAGUUAAUCGUAGCAGUUCAUGCUCUCAUUAUUUCAAAAUCCUUACACUAGCUUGUAGUUAACAUUCGAAAUAAAUUAAGGGACAACGGCUUCAGAGAACUCAGAUAUAUAAAGUUUUCUAUAUCAUACACAAUACUCAUUGUGUACUUAGUUUAGCUUAUUCAAAUUUGGGCACAGUCAGAGCUGAUGAACUAUUUGUAUUACCAUGACUGCACACUUCAACUAUCACUGUGUUCAAGCCGGUAACCGUGGAUAUCAAACAAUAUUUACAGUUAAAAAGUUUCCUUACAAAUUGUAAUGAUAAACAUUUAAAUAGACUUGUGAUUAAUGUUCAAUUCACAAUAUAUAUAUAUAUAUAUAUAUAUAUAUAUAUAUAUAAACAUAUA